AGAGAAACACCGAAGCUCUUUGCUCCGUGCAGCAGUCGGCUGCAGAGAAUUACAGAACAAGACGAUUGACGCCUGGAUACGGUUGCGAUCGGGUCACCGCCCCCCCCCGCCUAUUCGUAAUGGACCCUUCAAAGCGCAUCUGUCUAAAAAACCUGCCGACGGGGUGCACGAAGCGCGAGAUUGCGGAGCUGAUUCGCAAUCGCACCGGCACGCCCAUCCACAGCAUCGACCUUGGCCUUGGGCCUGACGGCGAAACCCGCCGCUACGCCCACUUCUCGUGCGAGGGUGCGAAGCACGUGCUGGAGGUUCUCGGCAGCGGCGUGGCACUGCGCGACGCCACCGUCUACGCCCACCCAGCCAAGAUGCACUACUCCUUUCGCUACGCCGAGGCACGCCGUAAGCGGGAGCGCGAGGAGGUGGAAGAAAAGGAGCAGCUCGCCGCCUACUGGGACGCGGCACGGCAGCGCUUCCUGGAUCGCACCAACGGUGGGGAGCUGCCCAAGGCGAAGCCGCCGAAGGACUUCUACGCGUCGAAACGCAAGUAUGCCCGUAUUGCGGCAGAAAUCGCGCAAACGUUUCGUCAUCAGAGCGGGGCAGCUCACGGCGGUGCCGGUGCCGGAGUUGGCCGCGGCGACUACCCCCGUGGGGCGGCGCACGCCACAACCACAACGUCGUCUUCCUUUGGGGAGGGAGGAGAGAAGUUCAGCGGGGAGCACAGCGCAAAUGGCGUAGACCCGACUGCGAUGGAAGGGGCUGCAGGUGCAAACUCGCAGCACCAGCACCACCACGCACACGGGGCAUCGUCCGCCAGCCGCACUUUCGCACAAGCCGGGAAGAAGAGAGCACCUCGUGCAGCCGCAGCGAAGGCCAAGGCGCCCGCGGCCCCUCCGCCGCCGCCUCCGCCACCAGAGCCAACGAAGGAAGAGCGUAAGCUGAGCGGCUUGCAAGCCAAGCUCGCGGCUCUCAAGGAAAAGCUGAAGAAGUAG